CACGCCGAGCCUGGGCCGGGCCGCCGACGUCUCGGCCGCGCUCUCCGGGGUCCGCGGCGGGUCUUGCUCUCACGCUCCGCGCUUCCCGACUCGGGUCUCUAGUCCUUCUCCGAGUCCGGCCUGGCCCCCGCCUCCGGGAGGGAGCGGAAGGCGGAGACCGCGAGACUGGCCUGGGAGAGGAAGGCGGGCGCGCUUGGGGCCUGGGGGACGCAGCGAUGUCCACCGGCUCGGUGAGCGACCCCGAGGAGAUGGAGCCGCGGGGGCUGCAGCGGGGGUACCCGGUCCCCGCCUCUAAGAGGCCGCCCCUCCGCGGCGCCCAGCGCAGCUACAUCUCGCCCAGUGACAACUCGUCGGCCGAGGAGGAAGACCUCGACGGCGAGGAGGAGCAGUGUGCGCUGGGCGCGGCCGGCGGCGCUGGAGGCUGCAAGAGGAAGCGGCCCGGGGUGGCUGGGAGCGGCGGCGGCAAAAAGCCCCUCCCGCCCAAGGGCUCGGCCGCCGAGUGCAAGCAGUCGCAGCGGAACGCGGCCAACGCCCGCGAGCGCGCCCGGAUGCGCGUGCUGAGCAAAGCCUUCUCCAGGCUCAAGACCAGCCUGCCCUGGGUGCCCCCCGACACCAAGCUCUCCAAGCUGGACACGCUCCGGCUGGCUUCCAGUUACAUCGCGCACCUGCGGCAGCUGCUGCAGGAGGACCGCUACGAGAACGGCUACGUGCACCCGGUGAACCUGACGUGGCCAUUUGUGGUCUCGGGACGACCCGACUCUGACACCAAAGAAGUUUCCGCAGCCAACAGAUUAUGUGGGACCACCGCUUAGAUCGAACUCGAACCCAUUCGAUGAGGUUAUUGAUUAAGCGCGUGUUUUGGGGGCCACGGAGAGAAAGGAGACAGCGUGAGAACCCCCAGAGAAUGGGAAGAAAGUUCCAUUGGAGUCUUCUAGACCCCACCCCCACCCCCGCGCGAACUGUGAACAGCACAGCUGGCGGGCCUGGGGGGCAGAGCCGGAGGGUCAGCGGCGUGGCUGUCCUCGCAGGGCGCCCACGGCUCCGGCUGCCUGGGAUCUGGGCGAUGACACUUUACCUCUCCAGAAGGAUCCUCCUUCAGUCGAGAGCGCGGACCCAGAUCCGACCUCGGGCUCUAGCAGUGUAGACUAACCCCCCGCGCUGCGGUCUGAGCCCAGCGCCAAACUGCCUGGGGGUUCGUUUCCAAGCUGAGCCAGACGUGAUGGCCCGACUCUGCAGAGCCCAGGCCUUUUAAGGUUAGGCAAUGGUUAGAACGCGCUCUCGGUGAUCGGCCUUAAAGACUGAAGUCCUCACGUGAGACCCACAUAGGGGGAUCUUUUUAAGUUGCAAAGAGAGGAGAGUGGCAUAUUUGGGCCAGGUUUGUAUCCCACAGGGCAGCGAGGCGGGACGAGGACCUCUCGGCGCCAGGAGAGAAGGAGGCACGCUUUACCUGAGCCGGGUUUGGCCCGGCGCGCUCCGGGUCCCCUGCGCCCACCUGCACCAGGCUCUGGUCUUCCUCGGGCCUCCCUCGACUCCUUCCUCCCACCUCCUUGCAGCGUGCCCUCCCCGACUCCUGACUGUCCCCACCUGGCCGCCCCCUCCAAGCUCGGGUCGCUCCCUCCUCCAACACCGCCUCCCGGCGCGCAGUUUCUUAGUCGCUCGGGGAGGAGCGCGCGGUGGGCGCCUGGGGCUGCUCGGUACCUAACGACCUAGCCCAGGGGAAGGCUGCCGCCCGGCUGCACUACCACGGUAAUUAGCAAAUGUAAAUAAAUUUAUUUUUUUAUGAAUAAUAAAACGCAUUGUGAAAACCGAG